AUGCCCAAAUGGCAAAUCAUCAAGAUGGCUUUUUUUAAACAUCUAAAAACUUUAAAAUGGGAUUAAUAUUAACAAUGGAGAUGGCAUAAUCACUUUUAAUGGGCUGAUAAUACUUUUAGACCAAUAUUAAUACUCUAAUUCAUAUUUAUUAUCAUUAGAUUGUCCAUAAUGGCAGAUAACUUGUAUAUUUAAAUUACUUUAGCAAUACAAAUAUGUAUACAUAUUCUCUUAUUUUUAUCCAUUUCAAAAGCAAUUUCUCAAGAAUCACAUUUCUUUAUAUAAUUAUUGCCUCUAAUACAACAAUACUGUAUGUAUUGGAUUUGCUACAUAAUCAAAGAAAAAGAUUAUUUUAUGCUCUAUAUUACAUUAAUUAGUAUCUAUCAGAGCAUGUAUUCUACUUUAAGCAUGAAAUUUUUAACAAUUUUAUUGUUCUUAAUCCAGAGCAUCUUCCUUGCUGACUUACCCUCAUUUGAAGGAUUGUUCCUUUCAAUAGUCCUUUUAAUCUUAUAAAUAUUAAGAAAGGAGUUCCUUUAUUUACAACAUUUUUAAAAUCUUUAAGCAUUAUUUAUGAUAAUUGAUUCUACUCCUUAAGCUAUAUGUAUAGUUCAUAAAGAUAAGAAUUUCUUACUUUAUUCUAAUAAGAUUUUUGAUAAUUUAGCUAACAAAUUAGAAAGUACAAAUUAAGCUGAAACAGAUUAAUCACCUGAUAAAACAUCUACAAUACAUUCAGCUAGAAAUCAAUUAAGUUUUUUAUAGAAUUUAUAAUUGGAUGAAUUAAAUAAUGAUUAAACUCUAUUUGAUUUUGAUGAUGAUGAUCUUGAAAUAGAGGAUCAAUAUAAAAUAAAGAAUGUUACUUAUUGUAAAGAAAAAACUCAAUUAUUAUCUUAAAAUCGAUUUUCUGUAGAAAUUUAAUAAUCACCCCCUAAAAAUCAUUAAUAAUAAUAAAAAUUUUUCUAAUCAUUUAAGAAUUAAGAAGAUGAUAGUAUAAUCAAAAAGAAAUUCACAUCAGAUGUUACAAUGAAAAUAGAAUUUAAUAAUUCUCCUUAACUGAUGAUUCAUUCAGCUGGUAAAAAGAGUUCUCGUAAAAGAUCAUAAAAUUAAAUUAGAUUAAAUAAAUCUGCUCUAUAUAUGACACCAAGUCGUAAAAUUUCUGCUGAUUAACUAUUAUCAAAAGAAAGUAAAGAAUAUCCAAGUUCUAAUCAUAAGUAAUCUCAAGAUUAUAAUAUUCCAAUUAAAUCUAAACCAACUAUCAAUCAUAAAAUGAAAUUUCUUGUUAAUGUAUUAGAGAAUUGUAGAUUAUUUGAUAAUGAUGAUGGAUUAUAAAUCUAUUUUAUUAAUGAAAUCAAUUAAAUUCUUUUAAGAGCCAAACUCAAAAAAUUAGAAUCAAUUAAAAAAAAUAUUCUAAGAUCAAUAUCUCAUGAAUUAUUAACUAAUUUAAAUGCUAUAUUUGGAUUUAUCAAAUAAUGUUAAGAUAAAUAAUCAUCUUAAGAGUCUUGUUCAUAAUAAUUAGAAUAAGCUUUAUGUUAUACAAAACUUUAAUUGUAUAAAAUAUAUGAUUUUUUUGAUUACAGAGAUAUUUUAGAAGAGAAAUUAAUUAUGAAAUCAGAUAAGUUUGAUAUUAAUUCAGUCAUAAGGGAAUGUGUUGAUUUAUUAAAGGAUUAAAUUGAAAGAAAAUUACUCUCAAUAAAUGUAGAAUUACCAGAGGUUUCUUAUAUAAUAAUUGGAGAUCGUUAAAGAUUAUGUUAAGUAUUAUUAAAUUUAAUUGGGAAUGCUAUUCGAUUUACAUUGAAAGGUGGAAUUACAAUAAGAGUGUCUAAUAAAUAAUAUAUAGAUUCUAUGUAAGGAAUAGAUGAUGUACAAUCAUUCAAUUAUUAAGAUACAAAUUUAUUAUAAGUUUCUAUAAGUGAUACAGGAAUAGGAAUGAGUGAAAAUGAAUUAUGUAAUCUAAGAAAGAAGGUAUUAAUAUUUAUAAUAUGUUUAGUUGCACUUAUCUGAUGAAGAUGAAAAAGUAUCUAAAUAGUCAGUUGGAAUUAGUUUGGGAUUAUCAGUUUGUAAAUAAAUUAUAAAACAUUUGGCACCUUACAAUUAAAAUUAUCUGUCAGUUGAAUCUUCUUUAGGUGAAGGUACUUAAUUUUAUUUCGUAUUAUAAUAUGAUGAAGAGUAAGUUUAAUAAGAAUAAAGUAAUUUAUAAAAUUCAUUUAUUCAUACAAUUCCAUAUAUAGAAUAACAAAGUACUCAAUAAGUUAGAGUUUUGAAUUAUAAUAAAUGUAGUAAAUCUUAGUUAGGAGAUUAGAUAGGUAAUAUAGAAACAAAUAUUUGUAAUUGCAAAAAGACAUUAAUUGUAGAUGAUGAAUAAUUUAAUAUACACAUUCUUUCUCAUCUUAUGAAAUAAUAAGGUUAUGAUGUUGAUUAUGCAUUUAAUGGCAAAUAAGCUAUAGAAAAAAUAGAAGUUUAAUUGGCUAAUAGAUGUAAUACAUCAACUUGUAUUGGAUAUAAGUGUAUUUUAAUGGAUAUAUGUAUGCCAAUUAUGAGUGGUUGGGAAGCUGUUCAAAGAAUAAGAUAAAUGGAAUAUAAAAUUAAAUUAACUAAAACCAUACCUGUCAUUGCAGUUACUGCUUUCUGUAGUAUCCAAGAUUAAUAGAAAAGCAUUCAAGAGGGUUUUAAUUGUGUAUUAAUUAAACCAAUUACAAAGGAAAAACUUCGUGAUACUUUUCAUCAUCUUAAUAUUUGA